CCUGUGAACCAAAACAUGCGGAGAAAACGUUAAUUUUGAACGUUUGUUUCAUGUCGACAUGUAACGGCGGGAGACUCCAGAAGCCUCAUUGCUGCUGCGAGACAGCAGUGCUCUGACUUUGAGUCCGUGCUCACAGAUUUGUUGAGUGGCUCAGAUCCCCAAAAAGUCCUCAGCUGCCGUCUAUCUGCUGACUGCUUCCCCCUCAGAGAAGAUGUUGAGAAGUGCCUCAGCACAGAUCUUCAGACAGGUGGUGCGAUACAGGAGCACUGACACUAGCCUCAUCCUGGAGAGAUCGAUAAACCGGGUGCAGCUGUUGGGCCGAGUGGGUCAGGACCCAGUGAUGAGACAAGUGGAGGGUCGUAACCCUGUUACCAUCUUCUCGUUAGCAACCAAUGAAAUGUGGCGCUCUGGAGACCCAGAGAUGAGCACAACAGGUGACAUCAGUCAGAAGACGACGUGGCAUCGCGUGUCGGUGUUCAAACCCGGUCUGAGAGACGUGGCCUACCAGUACGUCAAGAAAGGGUCCAGGAUUCUAGUGGAGGGGAAACUGGACUACGGAGAGUAUGUGGACAAGAACCAAGUCAGACGCCAGGCCACCACCAUCAUCGCAGACAACAUCAUCUUCCUCAGCGACAACAUUCGAGACAGACCCUGAAGGACUUUUCUCUUGUCUCCAAGCAAAAACAAGUCAACUUCUUUUUGUAUUUUCUCAUUUAUACAAAAAUAAGUCUGAGGACCUGAACACCACCAAGUAAAGGAACUGACUUACUGAUGAGAAGGGGGACAGAAUAUGCUGUGACACUCUGUGGUCAUGUUUGACUGUGAUGCCUCCUGCAGACCUUAAGGCAUGAAGAGAAGCUGACGGACUUGUGUAGUAUAAAUACACUUGCUCAUUAUGAUUUUUGAUAGUGCUACUUGUACAUAACAGUUGCAAAGAUAGUUUUGGUUUUUUUGCAUAUACCCAAAUUUUGUGUGUGAGAGAGUAAUGUUGGAAGCAAGAUCUGAAAUAUUAUAAUACAGUGGAAAAAAGUUGUUGUCGAAGUUGUAGCUUUGUUAAGAGCAACUCUUACUCGUGCUGAAGAUCACAGACAAACGUUAUUUGGUUUUUCUUUGGUGGCCAGAUGUCGCCUGUAAAACAACUUCUCAAGCUCCCUCAUAUGUUAAGACUUAUUGUUAAUUUUAGCCAGCAUAUUAAACUUUUCACAUUAUAUUUCCCCCCCAUGUCUUUUUUAUUUUAAAGUUAUCAUAAAUGCAUCAAAGUCGGAGCAAAAUUAGCUCUUUAUGUCACAUAAUUUCUGCCCGAUUAUGUGAGCUGUUUUUUUUCUAGAUAAACUAAAGUGUUGAAAAUGUUCUUCAAAUAACCACCUGUUUAAAAAAA